AACAUCUUUUGUUAAUAGAAGAUCUCUGUUACAGUCAAUCCAUUACAAGAACAAGUGACGUUUAUUUGACGUCGCUUAUCUUGUAUGUCUUGUCUUUCUUGAUUAUGAAGUUGCUUGUUGUGUUGACAAAACAAUCCUUUUAGUUGCGGACUUUGGCCUUCACCCGUGACGUGAUUUUUUUUAACACUGGAAAAGAAAGAAAGCAUGGUUGACCAACAAUGAGAGGCGCGUGUUAGCUUGUUCGGCGGCCGGUCGGGUGUCAACGAUGGAAAGCGGCGAGGACGACAAGCUGCUUGACUUUUCCUCGUCCUCGUCGCCGGCUUCUCCUCCGAACGACGAGUUGAAGAAGCUGCGUUGUUUCAAAGUGUACAAGAGGAGGUGGUUCGUCCUCUUGGUGCUGUGCCUGCUCAACUGCUCGAAUGCCACGCUCUGGCUGACCUUCGCACCAGUGGCGGACCAGUCAGCGCAGUACUUUGAUGUUUCCUUGGCGAACAUCAACUGGUUGUCAGUGGUCUACAUGGUGGUGUCUAUUCCGCUCAGCUUCGCCACUACCUGGAUGCUGGACACUGUUGGGCUGCGCCUCACGCUGAUCCUGGGCUCAUGGUUGAACAUGUUCGGCGGCAUCGUGCGCAUCAUGGGCGGUCCGCCGGGUACGGCCCUCAAGAUCAACUAUGCGGUGGUGAUGCUGGGACAGACGGUGGCAGCAUUAGCGCAGCCGCUCAUCAUCUUCACGCCCACCAAGAUGGCGGCACUCUGGUUCCCGGACCACCAGCGGGCCACAGCCAACACACUGGCCUCCAUGGCCAACCCGCUGGGUAUUCUGGUGGCCAACUUGGUAUCGCCUGCCAUGGUGCACACAUCAGAUCAAAUCCCCACCUUGCUUUUAACCUAUGCCGUUCCCGCCUGCGUUGCCUGUUUCCUGACAACGGUGGGCAUCCGCAGCAGUGCCCCGCCCACACCACCAUCGGCCAGCGCUGAAUUUUCCACCUCCGAACCCUUCGUGCAAGGCGUUAAACUGUUGCUGAAGAACCGAGCAUAUCUGGUGCUGCUGCUGUGCUUCGCUUCUGGCGUAGGCGUGUUCACAUGCUUCACCACGUUGCUGGACCAGAUUUUGUGUGUGCAGGGCUACACUAAUGACUUUGCAGGCCUGUGCGCCGCUCUCUUCAUUGUGUUUGGCAUCGUGGGCGCCGCCUUACUGGGGCUCUACGUGGACAAGACGAAACGGUUCACAGAGGCCAUCAAGAUCAACAUGGGCAUCUCUGCCUUGGCGGGCAUCGCUUUCUCUGUGGUGUGUCUGAUGCAGCAGCAGAGCAUCGCCGUGGCGACGGUGUGCUCGCUCUUUGGCUUCUUCGGCUUCUCCAUUUACCCGGUGGUCAUGGAGCUGUCCGUGGAGUGUUCCUACCCGGUGGGAGAGGCCACUUCGGCAGGACUCAUCUUCAUAUCAGGACAAAUCCUGUCCAUCGUCUACAUCGUCCUCCUGCAGUCUUUGGCCACGCCUGUUGCCGAGUCACCACGCUCAACCUGUGGGCUCGCCCCUCAGAGCUGGAAGGUGCCCAUGAUGGUGCUAGCAGUGCUGACGACCUUCUUCACCUGCGUCUUCAUUAUUGUCUUCCGCACCCGGUACAGGCGCCUGGAGGCUGAAGAGGACGUGGCCUACGGGCAUAAACGAGACAACCGAUCCACCGAUCCCACCCCUGCGUGUGUGGACACGUGAUCCAUAACAUAAUUUUUAAUUAAAAAAUUUUUAAGUACCGUAUUUUCCACACUAUAAGGCGCACCGAAAAGUCUUCCAUUUUCUUAAAAGCUGACAGCACGCCUUAAAAUCCGGGAUGCCUUUUGUAUGGUCAUUACAGUAAUAUGUCGACCCCAAGAUGGCUCCUUGCUGGAGCCAUGCUUACAAUGUUACAACUUGCUGUUGGUUCAGUGAACUGUGUCGCUGCGUUAUUAAAUAAGUUUUUGUUGCAGCGCCUAAAAAAGAGAGCUGUGGUGUUGUUUUUUUUUGAAACACUUUAUUAAUAGGUUUUCACAGUCUCAACAAAUACAGGUACGUCUUUGUCCGUCUCCGUGCCUUCUCUUCUUCCGUUCGACUCGAGAGGGUUCAUGACCGCCUUGCAAAAACGUAAAUUAACAAUUCCUUCAAUGAAACUACGAAAAUUGAGAAUAAUGCAUCAAAACAGAAAAUCAAGUGAGGAAAUCACAAAAUAAAUGCUAUAGCCCCACUACCUAAUUUAUUUUGAGAUUUCCUCGUUUGCGCAUACAGUACACAACAAAGGAAUAAAUAAACACUUCUGAGACAGUCCAGUCUUCUCCAAUUUACUGACAUCUGAUCGUUCUGUUGCAACUACGCUCAAGGAAAUGCCAAAAUAAAUUCUGUCGGGGGGCUAAAGAAUUUGGUGAUUUUCUGUUUUGAUGCAUUACUGUAUUUUUAAUUUUUGUAGUUUCAUUGAAGAAAUGGUUAAUUUACAUUUUUUUGGAGGCGGUCAUCGACGCCUUUCGAGUUAACGGAAGGAGAGAAGGCACGGAGACAGACAAAGACAUACCUGCAGCUCUAUCUUGUGGAUGCAUUGUAGAUUGCGCACUUAUAGUCCAGUGCGUGCAAUAAUAUAUAUGUGUGACAAAAUAGGCCAUUCAUUAAUGGUGCGUCUUUUAGAGCGGAAAAUACGGUAGCUUUUAGCAACCACUUGCUGUUUCAUGUUCACUUAUUGAUAACAUGACAUGCACAUGCAUACAGUUCAAAGCCAGCUUGGUGGAAACGAAGAUCACUGACUGUAUUGUAACGACCAAGAUGAGUGAAAUCUGGAAUUUGCACUUUAAAGAAAGGUUUUGUCUAUGGAAAUUAUAUUUUUAAAUAUGUUAUUGAAAGCUGAUCCUGUUUGAAGUCAGGUAUUAAAAAUAUUAAAUUUGACCAAUUUUGUAAUGUUCAUGGAAAAGGUUGGAAAUUGAGAAAACGUUCAAUAAAAAUAUUGGAAUAUAAA